AAGUUUCUUUCUUUGCAGGGAACCACAAACACCUCACUCGUGAAGCCUCUGCAGUAUCUUCAACCUCAUCUGCGUCAGCAGUGAUCUGGUUGGCCAGAGCCGUUGUAUUCCCCUCGUCAGCCACGGUGUUGAUCUCGUUGCCUUCCAGCGCUCCUUCUGUUCCUCCUGCUGCCACAGCACCUCUCAACUCCACACCAGAAGAGAACUUACAACGAGAACACAAAUAUGGGUGGUUGCUGCAACAGGGUGCGCCAGACGCUGUUGCUGCUACUGCUGAUGGUAGUAGCAACUAUGGUGGCACCACAGGCAGUAGGAGAGGAGCAGCAGCAGCAGGCAGCAGAAGUGUUGUUCGAUCCGACGGAGCUGCUGGAGGUGGUGGAUGGUUCAGAACACGUUAUCACGUGGUUCACACACGUCGCUGGCACCCCCACCCACGUCACCCCACUCAUGAAUAACUCGGUAGUGUCGAGAGUGACGGGUGCGAGCGGUGUGCUGGAGGGCGCUCCUGAGGACGUAACCUUCCACGUGCUGGAGGGCGUUCCUGGGAACGUCACCUACCACGUGCUGGAGGGCGCUCCUGAGGACCGUAACAUCACUAGCUACACCAAUAUCACCUAUCACGGAUACGUCAACAUCACGGCUCUCUUCCUGGGUUUCAACAAUCUUCAUGUAGUCCUUCAUGACGCCGACAACAAAGUGGUGGCUGAGGGAGUAAUGAAGAUGUCAGUGGUGCUCUCCUACAAAAGUACUACUGAUACCUUCACCUUCAUCAUCGCCGUCUUAGUGGCCGUCCUGUACUUCUUCAUGGGCACCACCCUCAACCUGCAGGUGGUCAAGGGCAUCAUCUCUAAGCCCGUGGGACCCAUCGUCGGCAUCUUCUGUCAGUAUAUUCUCAUGCCCAUGAUCGCCUUUGGCCUGGGACUGCUGAUGUUCCCUGACGACAACAUGAUGCGUCUGGGACUCUUCCUGAAUGGCAGUUCGCCCGGUGGCGGCAACUCCAAUAUGUGGACUCACUUGCUGGGCGGCUCCCUCGACCUCUCCAUCAUGAUGACCACAGUCUCCACCAUCUGUGCCUUCGCCGCUGUGCCAUUGUGGGUGCUGUUGAUGGGUCCCCUAAUCCUGCAGGAUGCCUCCUUCGUCAUCCCGUACGACAACAUCGCCCUCACUGUGGUCACACUCAUCAUACCCUGCGGUCUGGGCAUCAUCCUGCAAGUAUUCUACCCAAAGAGUGUGAAAUAUUGUUCCAAGAUUCUCACACCCAUGUCAGCCUUCAACAUCGUCUUCAUACUCACCUUCGGUGUGUACGCGUACCACUACAUCUUCAGCAUCUUCACCUGGAAGAUAUUGCUGUCGGGAUUCCUGCUGCCGACGCUGGGCUACCUGGGUGGCAUGGUGCUGGCCAUCGUCUUCCGCCUCUCCACGCCGGAGGUGAUCGCCAUCAGCGUGGAGACGGGCGUGCAGAACGCCACCAUCGCCCUCAUCAUUCUCCAACUGGUCCUCUCGUCCCCCAGCGGCGAGCUCGCUGCUGUGAUCCCGGCCUGCUCGACAUUGUUCACGCCACUACCCCUGGUGCUGGUGCUGGCUAUCAAGAAGGCCUACGACAGGAUCAUCCGAAGUCGAUCGCUCAGUAUCAACACCUCCGACGCCCAUCUUAAGGAGGUUUCUAGCGACGUCAAAAACACCUCAAUGGCUUCGUUGGAGAAUGGCUUCAAGGUUUCCGACGACUCCGAAAACUUCUCGCUGCAGAAACGUCGCAGGACUUCGAUAGCUCCUGAAGGCUCCACUCUUCGGAACGGCUACAGGGCUUCCCUGGCUCUUGAAGGUGGCGUUGACAAUCCUGUAGCAGAGCUCAGGGACGAGGUUUGAUGAGUGAGAUGAAACUCCGAAGCUGAACACUAACGUGACGAGGAAUGAAAGGAAAGAUGCAAAUGUUUGUCUUCCAAUGUAAUCUAAUAGUUUGUGAUCGUAAAUGGUCUGUCACCCACGUUGUGAUGGUCUGCUGCUAUAGUAAUAACAGCAGCAACGUCAGGAGCAGUAACAACAGCAGCAACGGUAAUAAAAGCAGCAGGAGUAAUUAGAGCAACAUCGACAGGAUCUCCAGCAGCACUAACAGCAGCAACGUCAGGAUCUCCACCAGGAGCUAUAACAGGAGCAACAAUAGAAUAAUAAGCAGCAGCAACAACAGUUAUAACAGAAUCAGUAUCAGGAUCAGCAGCAGCAAUAACAUCAGUGUCAACAACAAAAGCUGAAGAACAAGGUGAGACAACCAGCACUGUUGUUCUCAUACGCUGUUGUACUCAUACACUGCCUCUAUGAUACGUUAGUAUGACACUCCCUUCAUCAAGGGCUUGAAUCAACUAGGGGAUAGCAGCUUCAGUUAUUGAAUCGAGAGUCCCUCAAGGCAACGCCUCCUUCUUCCCCCUUCCCCAUCCUCCUACCUCUUCUUGAAGAAUUAAAACAUUCAAGGACUUGAGUAUGGGUGGCAUGGGUGGUUUAACAUUAGGGUUUAACCUACUUGUGACACAUGACAUCGGCUGUGUAUUGAUGGUUUCCGGAUACCAUAGUAUUGAUGUUAGUAUAGAUAUUGUAUUUUGUUCAUCACUAUGUUCACACCAUGUGUUCAUCACUGUUCACACCAUGUGUUCACCACUAUGUUCACACCAUGUGUUCAUCACUAUGUUCACA